UGCACUUUUUAGUGCAUCACAACGCCAAACGUCCACAGACCAAUUCACCAUGAACACUUUGAUUGUUUUCGUCGCCGCCGCCGUCGCCGCCGCCAACGCCGGACUCAUUGGGGCCCCCUUAGCCGCCGCUCCUUUGGCCGCCCCCUUAGCUGCCCCUCUGGCCGCCCCCUUAGCCGCUCCUCUGGCUGCCCCCUUAGCCGCGCCUCUGGCCACUAGCAUCAUCUCUGCUCGCACUAUCGCCGCUCCCGCUAUCCACGCCCCAUUGGCUGCUCCUUUGGCCACUAGCGUAAUCGCCGCUCCCGCCAUCGCCGCCCCCGCUAUUGCCGCUCCUUUGGCCACCGGCUUGAUCGGCGCUCGCUCGAUUAUUGGCGCUCCUGCCAUUUCUACCCUUUCUGCCGCCCCCUUGGCUACCGCCUGGUAAAGGGCUGGAAAUUUCUUCUAAGGAAAUAAAUCAUUAUUUAUUGAAGUAA